ACACACACACACUCUCAUACUAUCAAAAUGAAGUUCUCAUUCGCCGUCGUUGUUGUUGCCGUUAUGGCCUCAUUGGCUGUUGCCGCCCCUGUUAAGGAAUCCGUCGAAGACAAGCGUGCUUUCUGCGGUCAAGGAAACUGCGCUUACAAGCGUGCUUUCUGUGGUCAAGGUAACUGUGCAUUCUAAAUGCUAAAAGAUAUCUUUUAAACUCUUUUCAACUUCUCGUUUCA